ACCUACCCCACAAAAACCUCCCAUGUGAAAUUGGAGAAAUUGACAACCAUCACUCUUCUCCUUUCUCACACUCAUGCAACAGAACGAUCACAUAAGCUUAAGCGACAGUGAUGAAGUCUUCGAAGCGUCAGAAAUCCAAGAAAACCAGAAAAAUCAAACGCAAGGGUUUGAACAAUUUCGACAAUUCAUCGCCAUGGCACCAUCCAAGCGUGAAAUCCGUUGAAGAGAGAGAAAAACUUGAGAAAAAGUCGGGAAAUUUUAGACAAAAGAAUGGUAUUGAAGGCAUGGUGAUUUCACCGAGGCCCAAGGUGAAAGUUUGCAACGUUUGUGGGCAUUGCGGAUACUCGAUUGCUCUGAUUUACUGCUCAAAGUGUUCAGAUACUGCUGUGCACCAAUACUGCUUAGGUUUACCACCAGGGAGUAUCGACGAUGCUUUUGAUUGGUUUUGCGAGUACUGUUCUCCAUUGAUGGAAUGUGAACAAUUCGACUCGUAUGGAGCUAGGACUGAAGAAUGUAUUGAAGAGUUUACUGUAGCACUUGAAAGAGAAAGCGAACAUUAUAAGAAUGCAAUUGUCCAUGUUGAAGAAGAGGUGCAACCACUGUGCAUUUGGCCACCAUCAUUGCAUUGUGGAAGCUCAAAUCAAUAUGAUAGUUGUUUAUCCUUGAACUAUAUAUUAAAGGACAUGGUAGAAUCUGAGGCACCUGUUUCUUCUUUCAUGGAAUUUCCUAGAGAGAUUAUGAGUGGAGUAGUUCUAUUGGGAAGUCCAUCGGGGAAAAUUGUUAUUCAAAUAAUAAGUUUUUCCCCACCUCCUUUGGCCUCUAGUUUUAAUAAACCAGUUGAAAAAUACGGAGAUGUUAUGUAUAACAGAGUUGCCCAAGAAGCUCUGGAUCUUGGUGAUCCUAGUCUUGGAAUGGACGAAGAAAUUUGUGCAGAUCAUUCUAAUGAGGACACUGGGCUUUCUGAUGCUACAGCCAAUGCUUGUCAGAAUAUUACAAGUGAUGUCCGAGAAUUUAUUGUUCUGGGUCUUCAAGCAAUUGGUACUGGAUCCUUGCAUGGGAUGAAGCGCAAGAGAGCAACUCAAGUGAAGUUUGACCUAAUACCACCGAUAGGGCCUGAAUGCAAGAGAGCUAGGAGUAAGAGGUGUAAGGUAUCGACUUUCUCAAGGAAGGAGGUUGAUACAUGCAAACUUAAUGUUCUUGGUGUUCCAGCCAUAGGGAAAGAAAAAAAUGAUCAGCCCGUCGAUGCCUCAAAAGUCGUUAUGCCAAUGAAGGUGUGUCAUGGAACAAACCGAACUGACACGUUUGUGAACAAUAACCCACUAAUGGUGGAUGGAGUGCGUGUUGAAGCCCUCAAUCAAGAAUGUGGUCUAUUUAAUGGUAUGGUUGACACUUGUAGAAGUAAUGUCAAAGAAAGAGCUGCCCAAGUAGAUCCUAGAUUAAAUGAUCAAGCGUUAACUCCGAUAAACUAUUUGGAAUUAGACCUAGAUGCACAAAAGCAUCAUUUCUCCAAUGGUGCCCUAUAUAAAGAUUUCAGGACUUGUGGUGAACAUAGUGAAAUUUGUAUCUCUUCUCCUAAUCAAGGGAUGAGAAGAAGUGCAGCCUUGGCAUCUACCAUUCUCCCUUCUUCUCAAAAGUUUGUUCAAGCUCACACAUUUGUCCCGCAUAUUCAAGGAGUUGGAAAUGACAAUGGCUUUACGAUACCCCCCUCUUCUGCAAAAUGUAUUGCGGAGGUUUGUGAAAAAAUCGUGGAUAAUGACGAUUUGCAAGUUGAAGAGGCAUGCUAUUCUACCGAUCUUGAGUUGUCCUUGAAAUCUAAUAUUCAAAGACAAUCUUCAUUGUGUUACGUCGACCAUAGUUCUCCAAUAUUGGAAUCAAGUGCACCUUCACCAACAUUUUACGAGAAGCUCCCAGGAUCUCGUUUGCUUAUGGAGAGAGAGAACACGAGGAAUGCGAUGGAAGAUGUUGUUAAUAAGGUUAAGAAGCUAAAAGAAAGUAUAUCAUAUCAAGAUGCUUGGAAGGAAUAUGAUGCCGAGAUCCAAAAGCUUAUGGUUGACUGGCAGGGUGAACGAAAUAAAAUGAAAGAGAUGGUUAAGAUGAAUCGUCGACGAAUGUGGGAGGUGGUGCAUGAGCUUGAGUCUACUAAAAAGGAGCUUCAAGGAAAGAUGGUUGAACUUGCUAAGAAGACCGCUGAAGUUGAGGUGGCCAAUGAACUUGCAACUAUUGCGUGUAGUAAGAAGGAAGCUUAUGAGUUUUGGUUGAGAGGCUACUCUAGUGCCGAAAGUGUUAUAUAUCAACUUCACCCGGAGUUGGAUUGGGAUGGCAUAAAAGCCGUGGGUAACUUAAUGUUCCUUCAAUAUCAAUCAAAAUUAGAUGUUCAUAUUUUGGAGGAGAAAAAGAUGGGGACUUGUGAGAUGUAAUAAGUUUUUGUCCAAGACCAUGUUAGCUUAAGCCUCAAAGUAUAUAUAGACAAUGAACAUAGAAGCGUAUGUUUCCUCCAGAAACCUAUUCUUGAAAUCAUUUGUUGUAGACUGUGCUAGUUGGAUGUUUGUGUUUAGUGUUCGGAGUUGGGUGCCUAUUA